AUGCCUGGUCUGCCUGCGCCGCCCAGUACGGCUUCAGGACCAUCUUUUAACAACGAUGCGAUGGAAUUCAAGGGCAAAGAUGGUUCAUCGCACAGCAUGGACUCUCCGCCACGACCUCCAGUAUCACCCAUUACGCCUGUGAUUCCGCUAGCGACGCUCGCGGAUCCACCAGCACGUCAGGGACCAAGAAUUGUUCCACCUGGCGAUACGGAGCCCGCGGGACCUUCAGAGCCCAGUUCAGAUUUCAUCCCACAGCCGCCCUCAGAGCCAAUAUCUGAGGUAGAAAACCCAGACGCGAUUGCGCUACGGUCCGCCAUCUCUAUCCUCCAGAUCCAAAAACAGCGCAGCAAAGAAGAUAUUAAGACGCUUGAGCGUUUAAAACAAGCUGCACUUCGCCGCCCAGAAGCAUUUGCUCAGGAGUUGGCGACCGGCCGUAUUGGGCGAACACAGGGGGCCGGUACUCUAGGUGACCUUGUUUCUAGCUCUAACGCAAACUCGGCGAGUCCGGAGAAAGACGAUGAGGACGAAAACGAAGACGAGGAAGAGGAAGAGGAAGAGAAAGAGGAAAGCGGCGCAGAGUUUGGAAAUAUCCCAGCACCUCAAAAUGUGAUACGGUGUCCGCCCAUUAACUGGGCUCAAUACCACGUGGUCGGAGAGUCUCUAGACAAGCUCCACGAGGAGCAGCGGGCGAGGCCGUCUCCAGGGGAACCUCAGCGUGACAAUCCUGCUGACCGACAUGUCAUCGCUGCGCCAUACCGGCCGCUGGUGGACAAGGUCGAUCCUCCGAUGAGGACGCGCAGCGUGUCACGAAGGGAGUAA